GGUAUCGAGGGCCAGUGGAAGGCAGACAGGCAAAGACGGAGAGAGACACAGCAAAGAAAAGACACAGAGAGAAAGACCCAAAAAGAGACAAGAACCCCCAACAUUCAUCCACAUAGCAGCAAGUGGCAGCCAGAGCCAGCCUGGGAGAAGGUCUGCUGCCCGUCCGUCCCCAUGGGCCGCCGUGGGCCAUGGCUGCACACUUCUCUCCUCUGGGCCGCUGUGGCCAGCCUGCUCCUCCCCCCUGCCAUGACCCAGCAGCUGGGAGGGGCUGGGCCUGGCCCCAGCAACUGGAACAACAAUGCAGGAGUCUCGGGGCCCUCAGAGGACAUGUCAGGUGAGCUUGGCCACCCCAUCCACAGUCAAAGAGGCCACAGAGAUGAGAAUGAGGAUGUUUUCUGGAGCCACGGAGAUCAUGAAGAAGAGGAUGAAGAUGUCUCCAGGGAAUAUGGUCACCAACUCCAAGGCCACAUGUACCAAGGCCAUGAGGUUGCGGAUGAGAAUGUCUCUGAUGAGGAGGUCUCCACAGAGCAUGCUCAGCAGUCCCAUGGGCACAGAGGCCAUGGGAAUGAAGAUGUGAAUGAUUCAGCAGAGCAUGGGCACCCCUUCUCCAGCCACAGGAGCCAGGGACAUCAAGACAAGGAUGAGAACGAAAUUGUGUCCAGUGAGUAUCAGCAUCAUAUCAUCAGGCAUGUACACCGAGGCCACAGAGAAGAGGAUGAUGAUGAUGAAGAGGAGAGUCUUUCUACUGAGUAUGGACACCAGGCCCACAGGCACCAAAGCCACAAAGAAGAAGAAGAUGAUGAUGAUGAUGAUGAUGAUGAUGUCUCUAAUGAGUAUGGACCCCAGGCCCACAGACACCAAGAUGAUGAUGAUGAUGAUGAUGAUGAUGACGAUGAUGUCUCUAAUGAGGAUGGACCCCAGGCCCACAGGCACCAAGAUGAUGAUGAUGAUGAUGAUGAUGACGACGAUGAUGUCUCUAAUGAGGAUGGACCCCAGGCCCACAGGCACCAAGGCCAUGGAAAGGAAGAGGAUGAAGGUGUCUCAGAUGAAUACCAUCAUCAUGUCCCUGGCCAUGGACACCAAGGCCACAAAGAAGAAGAAGAAGAAGAAGAUGAUGAUGAUGAUGAUGUAUCUACUGAGUAUAGACACCAGGCCUAUAGGCAAAAAGAUUACAGCAAAGAAGAGGAUGAAGAUGUCUCAGAUGAACAUCACCAUCAUGUCCCUAGCCGUGUACACCAAGGCCACAAAGAAGAAGAUGAUGAUGAUGAUGUUUCCACUGAGUAUGGACUCCUGGCCCACAGGCACCAAAGCCACAGGAAGGAAGAAGAUAAUGUCUCAGAUGAACACCACCAUCAUGUCCCCAACCAUGGACAUCAAGGCCAUGAAGACAAGGAAGAAGAGGAUGAGGAUAUGUCCACUGAACACUGGCAUCAGGUUGCCAGACAUACUUACCACAGCCUUGAAGAUGAGGAGGAGGAGAUCACUGUCAAGUUCAGCCACCACGUUACAAGCCAUCAACCACAAGGCCACAGAAGCACUGAGGAGGAGUACCUCCCAGAGGAGUAUAAAAGAGAAGUCCCUAGCCUUCACCACCACGGCAUCCCCAAGGAGGAAGGGGAGGACAUCUCUGCUCUCAGCCAUAGUCAACUAGGCCACAGAGAUGAAGGGUCUGGCCAGAGAGUAUCCAUCAAAGACAUUAGCCCCCAGCCCCCAGAAUACACAGGGGUCAAGGAUAGAAGCCAUUUCAGAGAAAGAGAUUCUGAGGAAGAAGAGGAAGAGGAAAAAGAAGAACAUGUCUCCCAUGAAGAAGGUGAUGAAGGUUCAGAGCAGGGAGAAGAAGGCACUCACCAGGGCAGUUUGGCCCGAGAGGAUGAGGAAGACGAGGAGGAAGGUCAUGGCCUCAGCCUGAGCCAGGAGGAUAAGGAAGAAGAGGAGGAGGAGGAAGAGGAGGAGAAAAGAGAAAAGAGGACUGAGGUUCAGGCCCCACUGAGCCAAGACUACCAGGAGGAGGAAGAGGGCGAGGAGGAAGAGCUGGAGGAAGACCAGGUCCCGUUCACCAUCAUCCCCAACCCACUGGCCAGGAAGGAGGUGGUUGGCGGUGGCUCCAGUGAGGAGAGUGGUGAAGUCGCUGGUCCACAGGAUGCCCAAGAGUACGGGAACUACCAGCCAGGGUCCCUGUGUGGCUACUGCUCCUUCUGCAAUCGAUGCACUGAGUGUGAGAACUGUCACUGUGACGAGGAGAACAUGGGAGAGCACUGUGACCAAUGCCAGCACUGCCAGUUCUGCUACCUCUGCCCAUUGGUCUGCGAAACUGUCUGUACCCCAGGAAGCUACGUCGACUAUUUCUCCUCGUCCCUGUACCAGGCCCUGGCGGACAUGCUGGAAACUCCGGAGCCCUGACCCAGCCGCCCUCCAACAUCUUUCCACAAGCCGUAUUUAUUUCUCCGAAUAAACGCAAUCCUCGAAACCUCACUGUCAGGCAGAGUCUCGUUCCCGGGGCACCAGGGAACGCGGGUGGUGACCGGGGACUUGGACUCGUGGAUCUGAGUAAGGAAGUCCCGGACUCCCGGGUCCUCGAGGCGGUUGGU